UUUCCGAGGAAGAUAAGAGAACCUUGGCGGCUUCUGAAUGAGAAAAACCAAAAGAUUCCAUUCCAAUCUCUUUAAUGUGAAACCAAAAUUGAACUGAGAAUGUUACAUUAAGAAGAACGAGCCAACAAUAACGAAGUGGUCCCAUGUUCAUAAUUGAAGUGUUGACAACGUGGGUCGAGAAAGUUGCCGGAGAACAAAAAAAAAAAAAAGCAGGAAAAUUAAAACAAAUAAUCAGUCUUGGUAUUUUCGUUGACCCUUUGUUGAUUUGAGGUAGCUGGCAUUUUAAAGGAGCCACCUUUAUAAUUCAGUUGUUGAAUUGGGCAAACUGGUUCUUGCCCACGUUGAAUCUCCGAAUGAGGUUCUAUGUUUUGGAGAUUCAGAUCCGAGAAAGGUUAUGAUGUCAAGGCAGCCUGGUGAAUCAGAAGGGUUUGAGUUUGUUUGAUAGUGUUGUGUUGUGGUGUGGUUAGUAUGGGAAGGGACUUGUUAGAUUUGUUCUCCAUGAACAAAUGGAGGUGUUCUUGGUCCCUUGCGGCGACAAUUGCUUCUGUUCUGGCAUUGGUUUCUGUAGUUCAUUUGGUUUCGUUCCCUUUGACACCUACUCUCAAUAAUUUUAAGAUAGCUCAAGACUCUUGCAUCCCAGCUAAUGUUUCGGCAGAAUUUCCGAGCAACCGUGAUCAGGAACAGCCCGCUGUUGAUUUUAAGCUUCAGUUUCCAGCUGACUUGCACGGAGCAGUUGUUUAUCAGGGUGCACCAUGGAAGGCUGAAAUUGGCCAUUGGCUUGCUGGUUGUGAUUCUGUUAUUAAGGAAGUCAACAUUACUGAGAUAAUAGGUGGCAAUAACUGCAAAAAUGACUGCAGCGGCCAGGGAGUUUGUAAUCGAGAAUUGGGACAGUGCCGAUGUUUUCAUGGUUAUUCUGGGGAUGGAUGUACUGAACAAUUGCAAUUGGAAUGCAACUAUGAAGGAUUACCAGAUCAACCAUUUGGGCGAUGGGUAGUCUCUAUUUGCCCUGCCAACUGUGACAAGACAAGAGCAAUGUGCUUCUGUGGAGAAGGCACAAAAUAUCCUAAUAGACCAUUGGCAGAGACAUGUGGGUUUCAAUUUAUUCCACCUUCUAAACCUGAUGGUCCAAAACUAGUGAAUUGGUCACAAAUUGACCAAGAUGUGUUCACAACUAAUGGUAGCAAACGGGGUUGGUGUAAUGUGGACCCAGCUGAUGCAUAUUCUGGAAAGGCAAAAAUUAAAGAAGAAUGUGACUGCAAAUAUGAUGGUCUUUGGGGCCGACUUUGUGAAGUGCCUGUAGAAUCUGUUUGUAUUAAUCAAUGCUCUAGACAUGGUCAUUGUCGUGGUGGAUUUUGUCAGUGUCACAAUGGCUGGUAUGGAGUAGAUUGCAGCAUGCCAUCUGUCCUUUCUUCUAUAACAGAGUGGCCUAGUUGGCUUCGUCCUGCUCGGAUUGACAUUGUUGACAAUGCUCGUGCCAAUGGAAAAAUGAUUAAUCUCAAUGCUGUGGUAGCGAAGAAAAGGCCUCUUAUAUAUGUUUACGAUUUGCCCCCAGAGUUCAACAGCUUGCUUCUUGAGGGGCGCCAUUUUAAGCUAGAGUGUGUAAAUAGAAUUUAUGAUGACAAAAAUGUGACAUUGUGGACAGAUCAAUUGUAUGGAGCCCAGAUGGCACUUUAUGAAAGUUUGCUAGCUAGUCCUCAUCGAACAUUAAAUGGUGAAGAGGCAGACUUUUUCUUUGUUCCUGUUCUUGAUUCAUGUAUCAUAACUCGUGCUGAUGAUGCUCCCCACUUGAGUAUGCUGGACCAUAUGGGAUUGAGGAGCUCUCUCACUUUGGAAUAUUAUAAGAAGGCAUAUACUCACAUUGUUGAGCAAUAUCCUUAUUGGAAUCACUCAUCAGGAAGGGACCACAUCUGGUUUUUUUCUUGGGAUGAAGGUGCUUGCUAUGCUCCUAAGGAGAUAUGGAAUAGCAUGAUGUUAGUUCACUGGGGAAACACAAACUCAAAGCAUAACCAUUCAACUACAGCCUAUUGGGCUGACAACUGGGAUAAAAUUCCUUCCAACAAAAGAGGCAUUCAUCCGUGCUUUGACCCUGACAAAGAUCUCGUGCUUCCUGCUUGGAAAGUUCCUGAUGCUAAUGUGUUGAAUUCAAAACUUUGGGCUAGGUCCCAUGAGGAGCGGAAGACGCUGUUCUAUUUCAAUGGGAAUUUAGGACCAGCAUACACUAAUGGAAGACCAGAAGAUUCGUAUAGCAUGGGUAUCAGACAGAAGCUGGCAGAAGAGUUUGGAUCAAGUCCUAACAAGGAUGGAGUACUUGGGAAACAGCAUGCCAAAGAUGUCAUUGUGACCCCUGAGCGUUCUGAAAACUAUCACUUGGCUCUAGCAAGUUCUGUUUUCUGUGGAGUGUUUCCUGGAGAUGGUUGGAGUGGUCGUAUGGAAGAUAGUAUUUUGCAAGGAUGCAUUCCUGUGGUUAUUCAGGAUGGGAUUUUCCUGCCAUACGAGAAUAUGCUCAACUAUGAUAGCUUUGCAGUGCGAUUAUCUGAAGAGGAAAUUCCAAACUUGAUAAAGAUUCUCCGGGGAUUCAACGAGACAGAAAUCAAAUUCAAACUGGAAAAUGUUAAAAAAAUAUGGCAAAGAUUCGUGUACCGUGAUUCUGUUUUGCUUGAAGCUGAAAGGCAAAAAUCUGCUUUUGGACAUGUUGAUGAUUGGGCAAUUGAGUUCUUAAAACUGACCGAGGAUGAUGUCUCCGCCACUUUAAUGCAGAUUUUGCAUUACAAGUUACAUAAUGAUCCUUGGAGGAAACAAGUUCGCCACAACAAACAGUUUGGAUUACCUCACCAGUGUCUGGUAAGCACCAGCUGAGGAGCUUGGUUAAUGUGAAGACCAAAAUCAAGAUACUUCCAGAGGAGCAGGGGAAAGGAUAACCUUUUCAGCUUCAUUUUUGCAAUCUAUUUUCAUACCAUUUUUCAAUCGUUUGUAAAAGUUCAUCAAGUUCCUUGUAGAUGUUUCCAUCUCCAGUGCAGAAAAUCAUUCAACCAGGUUGAACAUCAUACAUAAUUUUUUGUCCCUUCUCACAUACAUAUAUAUGCUUGAGUGCAUUUUGCAGUUCUUCUUUCAAAGGGUGCUACCAUGUGCAAUUGUAAAGUUAUGUCAUUCACAUGAGAUUUUUAUGGUGAAAGAAAGAGGAAGAAAAAUGGUUACAUAUUUAUUUUACCUGUUACAUUUUUCUUCCCUGGAUAGUAUCAUGAAGUAGACAGCAGAUAUUUUAAAUAGGGUUGGCAAGGUGGUGUUAUACUGUACUCAGUAAUUAUAUGUUAAUGCUGAUUGCAUAAUUAUU